UCUGUCUCUCUCUCUCUCAAUUUCCAGUCUCCCUCACCAUACUCUUAACUACUUUCCUCCUCUGUUCCUCCACACUAUUCAUGUGGUGUCAUGCAUGAUGAGGUCUAGAGUCUUCUUCUCUCUUGCCGUUUUGCUGAUCUGUGCCUUGGAGGUCAUGUUUGAUUUUGAACAUUCAUGCGCAUUCACAAACAUGGCCCAACAUAAAAUCUUUCCCUUAUUUCUAAUUCCUCUUAUUACUUGCAUAGUUUUUUGGUCACUAUGCCCUAUCGCUUCAGCAGCACUUACAGAAUCUGAAGCUCUUCUCAAAUGGAAACAAAGUCUUCCAAAUUACCAACCAAUUUUGGAUUCAUGGGUCACUCCAUCGCAAGCUAACUCCAGUGAAGCUCAAGCCCUAUGUUCAUGGCGUGGAAUCAAUUGUGACUCUUCAGGUAGCAUCGUUGAACUAAACUUGAACAGUACUGGUCUUGAAGGUACCAUCGGAAACUUGAACUUUUCGGCAUUACCAAAUCUUCUCGUUCUCAAUCUUCAAUAUAAUAAACUCAGUGGAAGUAUACCACAAAGCAUUGGAAUGCUCUCCAGGCUCCAAUACCUAUCUCUAGAAGGAAACAACUUUUCUGGGUCUAUACCACAAUCUCUUGGUCACUGUACAAAUCUAAGUGUUCUCUCAAUGGCUUUAAACAAUCUCUCAGGCAUAAUUCCGCCUAGUUUUGGUAGAUUGACCAAUCUAACUGAUGUUCGCUUUCACCGUAACAAUUUACACGGUGAUUUGCCACAAGAGUUUGGAAAUGUAUCAUCUUUGAUUGUUGUUCAUCUAUCUUAUAACAAUUUCACUGGCCAUUUACCGCCUCAAGUGUGCAAAGGUGGGAAGCUUGUCAAUUUCACUGCAGCCUAUAAUGGUCUCUCUGGUUCAAUUCCACCAAGUUUGAGAAACUGUUCAUCAUUAUACAGAGUUCAACUUCAAAAUAAUCGGUUGACAGGUUAUGCAGAUCAGGAUUUUGGUGCUCAUCCUAAUCUCACUUAUGUUGACAUCAGCUUCAACAGAGUGCAGGGUAAUCUCUCUGCAAAUUGGGGUGCCUGCCCAAGCUUAGAAGCUCUGAUCAUGGCUGGAAAUUCAAUUGGUGGAAAUAUUCCUGCUGAGAUAUUUCAGUUGAAAAAGUUGCAAAAGCUUGACCUAUCAUCAAACCAAAUAACUGGUGAGAUUCCACCACAAAUCAGAAAUGCCUCCAUGUUAUACCUUCUGAAGUUAAACAGAAACAAUAUUUCAGGUUUGAUGCCUACAAGCUUUGGAAGUCUAUCUAAUUUAGAGUCAUUAGACCUGUCAAUGAACAGGCUAAGCGGAUCCAUUCCUUAUCAAAUAGGGAAUUGCUACAAGCUUGUCAAUUUAAAUUUGAGUCAUAAUGACUUCAAUGGCACUAUCCCAUAUCAAAUUGGGAAUCUUGACUCCUUGGAAGAUUUCUUGGACUUGAGUUUUAAUUCACUUUCUGGAGAAAUCCCUGUGGACCUUAUUAAGCUUGACAACUUGAUAAGUCUGAAUCUGUCUCAUAACAAUCUAUCAGGUUCUAUCCCUGAUUCCCUCAGUACAAUGUUGAGCUUGUCAAGCAUCAACCUCUCUUACAACCAUUUGGAGGGUCCUGCCCCAAAUAGUGGCAUAUUUAAUUCUUCUUAUCCAUUAGAUUUGAGUAAUAACAAAGAUUUAUGUGGGAGAAUCCAAGGUUUGAGACCUUGCAAUGUUUCAAUAUCACACAUGGGAAGCACCAAAGAGAAAGUUGUGAUAUCUAUUCUUGCUUCUUUAGCAGGUGCACUACUUGUUACAUUGGUGUUAGUUGGGAUUUUUUUUAUUUGUUCAAAGGAAAACUCAGGAGUUUUAGAACAGAAUUCAGGAACCAAGAAAGAAAGUCCAUUUUCAGUCUGUCAAUUUGAUGGGAAAGAUCUGUAUAAAGACAUUGUUGAAGCAACAGAGAACUUUGAUGGCAAGUAUUGUGUUGGGGAAGGAUCUUCUGGAAAAGUUUACAAAAUGGUCAUGCAAGGAGGUGAACAAUUUGCUGUAAAGAAGUUUAGAUGUGAAGAAGAUGAAAUGGACAUGGAAAGUUUAAAAUCCUUCAAGAGUGAAAUCAAAGCCUUGACAGAAAUCCGCCAUCGAAACAUUGUGAAGCUCUAUGGAUUUUGCUCACAAGGAUCACACACUUUUGCUGUUUAUGAGUACAUGGAAGGAGGGACUUUAGCUGAUUUUCUGAAAAAUGACACAAAGGCAUUAGAGUUAGAUUGGCCUAAAAGGGUGGAUGUUGUCAAAGGUGUAGCACAAGCUUUAUCUUAUAUGCAUCAUGAUUGUGAUCCACCAAUUAUUCAUAGAGACAUAUCAAGCAAUAAUAUAUUAUUGUCCGCAAAUCUUGAAGCCCAUGUCUCAGACUUUGGCACAGCAAGAUUCCUGAAGGCUAGCUCAUCAUCAAUUUGGACAACAUUUGCUGGCACACGUGGGUAUGCUGCUCCAGAGCUAGCAUAUACAAUGGCAGUAUCUGAGAAAUGUGAUGUGUUUAGCUUUGGUGUAUUGGCUUUUGAGAUUAUCAUGGGAAAGCAUCCUGGUGAUUUAAUUUCCCACAUACAAUCCGUUGAUGCUCAAAGCAUAAACUUCAAUGAGAUUCUAGAUCCUCGUCUGUCACCUCCUACAAAGCAGAAAAGGCUGAAGGAAGUGACUUUGAUUGCAGAUCUUGCUCUUUCAUGUUUACAGACAAACCCUUCAUCUCGACCAACCAUGCAAAGCAUCGCUCAGAUGAUUUAAAUGGAUGGUGCUCAUAAUUGAAGUUUGUUAACUUGUUCAUAAUAAUUAUUGUUGUGUCAAUGUAUCUGCUAUUGCAGCAGCCAAGAUUUUUGGUUAAUGUUUAGUCUCUGUACCUCUUGGCAUGUUAAGCUGAAUCUUUUGGUACUUCUAAGUAAUGUUACUUUCUGGUUUGUAUUUGGAACCAUCAUUUUGUAAAGUUGAAAUGACGAGGUAGUUUUCUUUAUUUUAAUGGAAAGGCCGAUUCAAC